CCCUCCAUUCGCUCAUACACCACCGCACCACCGCCCAGGAUGAACUUCCAGACCCGGUCCUACUCAACACCCUCGAUCUCGCUCUCCUCGCGUCUCUCCUGCUCGUCGCUGCACAGCCAAUACAGCUCCUCCUCCGACCGUUCCCUGUCCUGCUCGCCCGGACCAUCGACGCCCCGCGACCUCAUGAGCCGUUCCCCUUCAUUCUCACACGAGCGUCUCCACAAGAGCACCCCCCAGAGGCUCCCGAUGUCCAUCCCUUUCUCCUCAGUCCUCCCCCAGCCAAAGGGCUUCUUCAGCCACUCGUCCCAGUAUCAGGAUAACCAAUCAAUCCAUCCGUUCCAGCAACCCGUCCACACAUCUGCGUCAAUUCCACAUCCCGCUACCGCCUCAAGGCAGCAGCAGUAUCACGGUCAAACCAUGCCCUCGCCCAGAGACCUCUUCCCAUCCUUUUCCUCCGCAUCGCGGGACCAGGUGGAGCACCAUCACCGCGAGUCGCCCUAUCAUGCCCGAGGCGAUCGUUCUCCCUACAAUGGGCCUGGUGAUUACUUUUCGAGACCCACCACUACGUCUUCUUAUCACCAUCACCUUCCCACCCCAACCACCCCAACCUCCAUGGACUCCAUCUCUUCCCGACUGCACUCAAACUCCCCCAUGCCUCUAACUCCUCUCCAGGCCUCGACUCGAUCUGUGCACUCGACCGCAUAUACCAAUCCUCCCUCGGCUGGCGCUCGCAUGGUAAUGAUGGACGAGGAUUGCUCGCGUCCCAUGUCACGCUCUCCCUCGCUGGCCUCGGACCACUCACACUUCUCGCCCGAGCUGUCGCCUUUCUCAUCCGAGGGGUAUUACAUGGGACCCAGUCACGGCGGACUGGCCACGCCAGCGUUGACGCCCAGGGCCUCGAUGUCCUCGCUGUCGUCCUCGCUAUCGCGCAAUAACUUAUCCAGUGCCUCGUUGGCGUCGUCGACGACGAGCUCGAGCUCCACGGACCCGCAGCUGCUGAUGUGUCCUGUCUGCAGCCGGACCUUCAAGCCGAGCAAGAACCAGAACUGCAACCUCCGACGGCACCUGAAGAACGUCCACAACAUGUCACCGACGAUCCACCCUCGCAAGUGCAAGUGGGACUCUCUGCCGGAUGGCCGUGUGAAGGAUGACAAGGACCGCAAGGAGCGAACCCGGAAGAGCAAGAGACUUUGGGCUCGCAAGUUCCGUCUGCGACGCAAGGUCGAAGAGGCAGCCGUGGUCCUGAGCAUGCUUAGCCAGACCAUGUAAAAAAAGAGGGAUUUUUUUUAUCGACCUUUGAGUUUAGGGAGGGUUCCUUGACUAGCCCGACCCUUAUCGCCUCUUGUCCUCUUGUUUUUCUUUUUCUUUCCAUCAAUUUGUUUUGAGAAUCACCCAUACCAGUGUAUCAUACUUUUUGCUUUUCUUUCGUUCUGCAAUGUAUACUGCUCUCUAUAUACUACUGUACAUACAUAAUAAUCUUUUUCUGCUGUCUGUCCACGGCCUAUUUUCCCUCCUGGACAAGCAAACAGUACAUCCAUAGGCUACAUAGGCUCUUAUACUACCACCGCUACCUCUCCUAAUAUACACCAUAUAUUUUUUUCCUUUCUUUUCUUUUCUUCUUCAAUAAAAUAUAUAAUAAAAAAAAAAAAAAAAGCAU